AUGUUCGAACUUCGAGGCCGUGGCCUCUUGGGCGCUGUCACUGUCCUCACGUCCCUUGGAUUUCUCUUGAUUGGGUUUGAUAAUGGACUUAUGGGAGGCUUUGUAAAUGGCAAGGCCUUUACCGAUACGUUUGACAGCCCGGAUGCUACUAUGAUCGGUCUGAUUGUAGCGAUCUACGAGGUUGGAUGCUUCUUUGGAGCUGUGAUCACGGCUGCGGUCGGUGAGCAGCUUGGAAGACGCAAAAGCAUUGGCGCAGGCGUGAUUGUUAUGAUCAUUGGCGCAGUUUUACAAGCGACUUCAUACAGUCGUGCCCAGAUGAUCGUUGCCCGGGUUGUUUCUGGGGUUGGAAUGGGUGCCAUCAACUCCACAGUACCUGUUCUCCAGGCUGAGUUCUCACCUAAAGCAACGAGAGGAAUUUUUGUAUGUGCACAGCUUUCGACCCUCAACUUCGGUAUCUUCUUCGUCUACUGGAUCGACUAUGCCUUCUCAACUCACACGGCGAGCUUCGCAUGGCGCAUACCCACCAUACUACAGUGCAUGUUCUUGGUUCCCAUGCUGUUCAUCCUCUGGAUCAUUCCAGAGUCUCCAAGAUGGCUUGCAGCACAUGAUAGACCAGAUGAGUGUCUCGCAGUUCUGCAAAGACUGCGUGGAGCUCAGGAUGAGGUGGCUGUGCAGAGAUUGCAUGGCGAGAUCUUACAGACUGUUGCAUACGAGGCCUCCAUCGGCGCUGGGUCUUGGAAAGACUUGCUCAAGAAUGAUCAUAUCAAGAGUCAGAGACGUCUACUAAUUGCUUGUGGUAUUCAAGCAUUCCAACAACUGGGAGGCAUUAACGCCAUUAUUUACUACUCUGGAACGCUGUUCGAAAAGUCCAUCGGUUUCGACUCCCAUAUGUCCUCCUUGAUGAGCGGGUUUCUUCAAACCUGGUUCUUCGUCGCAUCAUUUAUUCCAUGGUUUCUGAUCGAUCGCAUUGGUCGACGACCUCUGCUUCUCUCCAUGAUAAGCCUAAUGGCCGCUGUUAUGGCAGUCCAGGCAGCUUUGAUUUUCCAGGUGCAAAACAAAACUGCAAUUGCACACGGUGCCGGAAUCGGCGCGGCGGCUAUGCUGUUCGUCUUCCAGGGCGCUUUCACUAUUGGCUUCCAAGCCACUGUCUGGGUAUAUCCAUCCGAAAUUCUUCCUCUGCGCCUCCGACAGCGAGGUUCAUCUAUAUCCACAGCAGCGAACUGGAUCUUCAACUACAUGAUCGUUCAAAUUACGCCAAUCGCAAUCCAAAAUAUCGGGUGGAGAACAUACAUCAUCUUUGCCGUACUAAACGCUCUUUGGGUACCCAUUAUCUAUCUAUUCUUUCCUGAGACUAAAGGAUUGGAGCUCGAGGCUGUUGAUCGCUUGUUCUCUGGAGACGCUGAGUUGGAGCCAUUGGAGAUUUCGAAGCAUGAUGCAAUGCACAUUGAAGUGGGAGAGGAUGAAAAACGUAUGUGA